AUGGGGCCAGGCAGGCCAUUGUGCGCGCCCAGCCAGCAACAUCAGCAGAACCAGAACCAGAACCAGGGACAAGACGGCAAAAGCUGGUACUCAGGAGACGCGUCUGCUAGCGAGAGGCAAGGGCCAUGGUUCGCCAAGCGCAUGGGUCUAUGGCGCCAGGGGAAACACGAGGCGAGGCAAAGCGGGGCGGUGGACGAGGGCGAUGGCGAGGAUACAGAGCAGGAGGAGGAGAAGGAGUUGACGAUGAGGCGGCGCGCCUUGCGGGUUGAGUGGGUGAGCUCUGCAGAUCUGGGCGACUCGGCAGGGCCACAGUGGUGCCUGCUAGGCGCCGGCGUCGAGGAGAUUAAGGUACUAUUGAUCAGUGAGGCUCAACACACCAGGCCGGCGGGCCUCGACACCGGCGGCCCGGGGUGUGUGGAGAGGCGGAGAGUGGAGAGAGGGGCAGAGACAAUGCAAUACGAAGAGGACGGGAUCACGACCGCCAUCAUGACCACAAAGUCGAAGACCAAGAGCCGCAGCGGCAGCGGCAGCCAGGGAUAG